AUGGAGGUAGUUUUGCGAAGUAAUAAAAGCAGUUAUGAAAAAAAGAUUGCUUUAUUCAAUUGCUUAAAAGAUGUAGAAGUAGAUAAGUUAGAACCAAAGAAAGAACAAAGAAUUAACUGUUUAUUAGAGGGCAAACUGUAUGGUGAAUUGGCUAAACAGAAAAUGAAGGAGUAUAAGAAAUUAAUGGUUGAAAAUUUUAGUAAUAAAAAUGAGCAAAGAGGGCAAGUAGAAGUCGGUAAUUCUUAUAAGGAUAUUGCUUUAUCAACUUUUUUCUUAUUAGCAGUUAACAAAAAAUAUGAGUCGAAAUUAGAAAAAGAAAUUCAAGCCAAUCCCAGUUUGCCGAAAAAAAAUAUUGCUGAAGAAAAGAGUUUUUUCACUAUUUGGGUUCCUCCCGAAGCUCGUCUUGAAUGUUUGAAACAACACUUAAAUAAUGAUUUUAAAUACACGGUUAGAGAUGCUUUGAAAUUGCUAGAAGAAACUAAUCCUUAUUGA